GUUGCCAUGACCCUCAACUUUCUAUCAACUCUCUGCCAACAAACCGUGGGCCGCUUACUUCCCAUCAACGUGGACCGUUUCCCUACUCUUUUUUCAUCAACGAACAUUGAUAGACAACCCACAGGACUGGGUCUGCUCAUGGCCAGUAAACCCUCCUCUAUCGACGACUGAACGGACUGUCUUCGGUAUCGGGGGAUGUACAGUCUACGGCUACCCGUCCACUGGCGGGGUUCUCAUCAAAAAGGCUGAUCUUCUCGACAUGCUUUUCCUGUCGCUCCCGCGCUCUCAUGUAUCGCAGCGCUCACCCAGUGUCGACGACGAAGACAGGUUCUGUAACCUUCUGCGACGGACUGGUGCGACGUUCUGGCCGAGUAGGGAGGACUGGUUCGAUACGCAGAUGGGCCUGAGAGAGAUCACCGAGGAAGAAGAGAAGGUAAUCGUGUACGGUUGGCCGACGGACGGAGUGGGUGUAUGGGUAUUACGAUUUAAAAGUGUCGAGCAACUGCCACGGGAUUUUGGGAGAAUAAGUUUCGCAAUGAAUAUGGAGGAGAAGAUACAGAUCAUGAGAGAGUAUGGCGCUACGUUUGUUGAAGAUGUCACGCCAGUAGAGGAGCUAAACACGAUUUAUGCUGACCCUGAGGUCUCCUAGUCUUGGGAUGGGUACUUGUGGAGAAGAAUUUCAUUAUCCUACUAUAUGCAGCUCUUGUCAAAC